UCUCAUUCUGCCAAGUGUUUUGGUGAGUGUUUCAACACAGAAAAGCAAUAAAACCUACAUGCACAAUGUGUUUUUGUUUAUGAAAGCGAUAUGCAAAAAAAAGAGGACCUUUAUUAUUGAAAAAGCCUUGUGUGAAGGCAUAUUACGGAUACGUUACGGUUAUGUUACCGCUAUGUUACAGCUAUGUUAUAGCUACAUUAUGGCUACGUUACGGAUCCCUGAAGAAUUACUGAUUGGUUGAUUUGUAAAGGGACGAUGAGUAAACAAUAACUUCCAAUUGUAU